AUGCCGGCCCCAUCACUACUUCACCUAGCCACAGCCACGGCUAUCCGCUUUGUGAAAGACCUAGAUGAUCUGGGCGCCAUGCCGUACUCACUUGCCCGUCCUAUCUUGCUUAAUAUCCAUAACCCCGAAAAGCUGCACGCCAUGGAGCUCGCAUCCCCCCACCUCGCCGAAGAAGACGAAGAACUGUGGCUUGAGCUCAUUAAACGGGACAUUCCCGAGUGGGAGAAGUACCACCUCCCGGAUAAUACCAACAACUGGUACGGUGUUUACUGUGAUCUCCGCGAUCAAGCCCAACGUUCCCUUGAUGCCGAUGCGGAGAGGAUGAAAAUGGCGAUUGACGGCAUUAGCGCCAAGCGUGCACUGCUCACUCCCAAACUCAUCCCUGAGCGCAAGGGCUUGCGCAUGGCUGGUUCCCGACCCUCUUUCCGACAACGCCAUGCUACAUAUGAUCGCAGGACGGGCGGUGGUGUUGACAAGAAACCUAGCAUCUUCCAGCCACAGAAACGCAACACCGCGCUGACAAUGCCUACCAAAUCUCUGAACAACCGCGCGUCGCAAGUCAAGCGUGCACCGAUUGGCUUGGUUGAAGAACACCGCCGCCCUGCCGAGCAGGCAGCCCCACAGCCGCCAUCAAAGGUGCAACCACUUCCCCCACGCAUCAGCCGGCGCCCCGGCAUGCUUCCACCCUCACUCCAGCACCCUAUGCUGGCCAACAAUGAGGCACGACUACGCGCACUGACUUCCACCGCCUCCGCCGCCUCACCCCGCGGCGCAUCCAGUAGCGAUGCGUCUGGCGUAAAGAAGUCACCAGCUGUGGCCACUGAACCCAAGCCUAAGCUGAAGCGCCGUGCGACCUCCCCCCCUCAUGGUGCAGAGAAACCCUCUUCUUCUUCUUCUUCCUCUCGCCCCGCCCCCUGCGCCCCUUCUUCUUCUUCUUCUUCUUCUUCUUCUUCUUCUUCUCUCCCCGCCCCUCACACCUCUUCUCUACCCCCCUCCGGCCCGCCUUCCUCCGGGCCUUCUCUGCCCCGCCUGGGCGUCAUUCGUCGACGUCCGGCGCCGAGCAUUUUCAUGCCGGCAAAGCGGCGACAUUUGUCGUGA